AUGAAAAACGUACUUCUCAUUGGUGCUUGCGGCGCCCUCGGUCGUGCCGUUGCGAAUGCCUUCGUCAAAAGUGAAUGGGCGAUCAUCAGCAUAGAUCAAGUCGGCGCCGUCAAGCAGGGCGAUGACUGCCAUACUGUCAACCCUGCAAGCUCCAUCGAGGAGCUGCAGCUGGCCUAUCUCUCUGCAGUUGCCGGACUCAAGGUAGACGCCGUGAUCAACGUCGCCGGCGGUUGGGCCGGCGGAUCCAUAGCGGACCCCAGCACCGCUGCAUCAGCAGAGCUGAUGCUAAGGCAAUCGCUCUUCUCCUCUAUAGCCGCGGCGCAUCUGUUCAGCACGCAGGGUGGAAAGGGUGGGCUUCUUCUUCUUACUGGAGCAGCAGCUGCUGUGGGUCCCACGCCCAGCAUGAUCGGAUAUGGCACAGCCAAGUCUGCAGUGCAUUUUCUCUGCCAGUCUGUCGCAGCGAACUCAUUAGCGCUGCCAUCAGAUGCAAGUGUCCUGGCCAUCCUUCCCAUGACCCUUGACACUUCUGGAAACAGAGCGGCGAUGCCCCACGCUGACCGCUCCACGUGGACAUCGCUCGAGGACGUGGCUCGGCAAAUCGUGGAGUGGAGCAAUGGAAGUCAUCGUCCUCCGAGCGGAUCGCUCGUCAAGAUCGUUACCGAAAACUCGAAGACACGUUUCAUCUUGUAG